GCGCUAGCAACGGCGGGGCCGCGCAGAGCGGCCCGAGAUCCGACAGCCCGGGAGGUGUGAAAGCAAGAUGGCAGGAAACAGCCUUGUUCUGCCAAUCGUCCUCUGGGGUCGCAAAGCUCCGACGCACUGCAUAUCGGCGGUCCUUUUAAUGGAUGAUGUGUCCACGAUUGUCACAGGAUGCCACGAUGGCCAGAUAUGUCUCUGGGACCUUUCAUUAGAUCUGGAAAUGAACCCUCGGGCUCUGUUGUUCGGCCAUACAGCUUCAAUCACUUGUUUGUCCAAAGCCUGUGCUUCCAGUGACAAGCAGUAUAUUGUGAGUGCCUCUGAAAGUGGAGAGAUGUGCCUAUGGGACGUGAAUGAUGGAAGAUGUAUAGAAUUUACAAAAUUAGCCUGCACCCAUACUGGUAUACAGUUCUACCAGUUCUCCAUUGGGAGUCAACGCGAAGGAAGACUACUCUGCCACGGGCAUUACCCUGAAAUCCUCGUCAUGGACGCCACCAGCCUUGAGGUUCUGUACUCGCUGGUGUCAAAGAUAUCCCCUGACUGGAUCAGCUCCAUGAGCAUCAUUCGAUCUCACAGAACCCAAGAGGAUACCGUUGUAGCAGUUUCAGUGACGGGCAUUCUGAAGGUGUGGAUCGUUACCUCUGAAGUUAGUCGUAUGCAGGAUACCGAACCGAUAUUUGAGGAAGAGUCCAGACCGAUUUAUUGCCAGAAUUGCCAAAGCGUCUCCUUCUGUGCUUUCACUCAAAGGUCACUCUUGGUUGUGUGCUCAAAAUAUUGGAGGGUAUUUGAUGCGGGGGACUAUUCCUUGUUGUGUUCGGGUCCUAGUGUAAAUGGAAAGGCCUGGACUGGAGGUGACUUUGUGUCAGCUGAUAAAGUGAUCAUAUGGACGGAAGAUGGGCAAAGUUAUAUUUACAAGCUACCGGCCAGUUGCCUGCCGGCUAGUGAUUCGUUUCGCAGUGAUGUGGGAAAGGCUGUCGAAAAUGUAAUUCCUCCAGUUCAGUGCAGCCACUUGGAUAGAGAGGAUAAAGAGUUACUAAUCUGUCCUCCUGUGACUCGAUUCUUCUAUGGACGUAGAGAAUGCUUCCAUAAACUACUAAUCCAGGGAGACUCUUCAGGAAGACUCUGCAUUUGGAAUGUGACCGACACACUUGAAAAGCAAGCCGGCGUAGACGGAUUGAAAAUGACAACUUCCACUUGUCUUCAGGAGGCGUUUGGGAAACUCACACCCUGUCCAGCUGGGAUCAUAGACCAGCUGAGUUUGCUUCCCAGCAGUAAUGAACCACUUAAAGUGACAGCGAGCGUGUACAUUCCCUCACACGGGCGGCUCGUUUGUGGCCGGGAAGAUGGAAGCAUCAUUAUUGUGCCAGCGACACAAACUGCGAUAGUGCAACUGCUGCAAGGGGAGCAUAUGCUCAGGAGAGGUUGGCCACCUCACAGAACUCUACGGGGUCAUCGGAACAAAGUUACAUGUUUACUGUAUCCUCAUCAGGUCUCCGCUCGUUAUGACCAAAGAUAUCUGAUCUCUGGAGGGGUGGAUUUCUCCGUUAUAAUCUGGGACAUAUUUUCUGGCGAAAUGAAGCACAUCUUUUGUGUGCAUGGUGGCGAGAUUACCCAACUCCUCGUUCCUCCUGAAAACUGUAGUACGAGAGUCCAGCACUGCAUCUGCUCUGUGGCCAGUGACCAUUCAGUAGGUCUUUUGAGCUUGCGAGAAAAGAAGUGCAUCAUGCUGGCAUCCCGUCACCUUUUCCCUAUCCAAGUAAUUAAAUGGAGACCUUCGGAUGAUUACCUCGUGGUGGGAUGUUCAGACGGCUCCGUGUACGUCUGGCAGAUGGAUACCGGUGCUUUGGAUCGUUGUGUGAUGGGGAUCACAGCGGUAGAGAUCCUGAAUGCUUGUGAUGAAGCAAUCCCCGCUGCCGUCGAUUCCCUGAGUCACCCGGCUGUCAACCUGAAGCAGGCCAUGACCAGACGGAGCCUUGCUGCUCUAAAAAAUAUGGCCCAUCAUAAGCUCCAAACCCUCGCGACUAACCUGCUGGCUUCCGAGGCGUCUGACAAAGGGAAUUUACCUAAAUAUUCUCAUAACUCCCUGAUGGUUCAAGCAAUAAAGACCAACCUAACGGACCCGGAUAUACACGUGCUCUUCUUUGAUGUGGAAGCGUUGAUUAUUCAGCUACUGACCGAAGAGGCCUCUAGGCCCAAUACGGCUCUUAUUUCCCCAGAGAGUUUGCAAAAAGCAUCCGGCAGUUCUGAUAAAGCAGGCUCUUUUCUGGCUGGUAAACGAGCAGCAGUCCUCUUCCAGCAAGUCAAGGAGACGAUCAAAGAGAACAUCAAGGAACACCUCCUGGACGACGAAGACGAGGACGAGGAGACGAUGAGGCAGAGAAGGGAAGAGAGCGAUCCAGAAUAUCGGUCCAGCAAAUCCAAGCCAUUAACCCUGUUAGAGUAUAACCUAACUAUGGACACAGCAAAACUGUUUAUGUCUUGUCUUCACGCAUGGGGUUUGAAUGAAGUUCUGGAUGAAGUUUGUCUGGACCGUCUUGGGAUGCUUAAACCCCACUGCACGGUAUCAUUUGGUCUCCUGUCCAGAGGAGGCCAUAUGUCUCUGAUGCUUCCUGGUUAUAAUCAGCCCGUGGGUAAGCCAUCUUUUGGAAACAUGGAAGUUGGACAAAGGCCGCCAGGAGCAGAUGGAGUAGGAAAGGGGACUUAUGGAGUAUCCCGUGCUGUCACCACUCAACACCUCCUCUCAAUUAUUUCUUUGGCCAAUACUUUGAUGAGCAUGACCAAUGCGACAUUUAUUGGUGAUCAUAUGAAGAAAGGGCCUACCAGGCCACCUCGGCCAAGCACCCCAGAUCUUUCUAAAGCAAAGGGUUCCCCUCCAGCUUCCAGUAAUGUUGUUCAAGGACAGAUUAAACAAGCUGCUGCACCUGUUGUUUCUGCUCGGUCUGGUGCUGAUCGCUCUGACCUUCCUACUCCUGCUUUACAUACCUGUUUCUUAGUAAAUGAAGGAUGGAGUCAGCUAGCUGCUAUGCACUGUGUAAUGCUGCCAGACCUACUGGGAUUGGAUAAAUUUAGACCUCCACUUCUGGAGAUGCUGGCUCGCAGGUGGCAAGAUCGAUGCUUGGAGGUAAGAGAAGCUGCCCAAGCCUUAUUGUUAGCAGAACUUCGGAGAAUUGAACAAGGAGGACGGAAGGAAACGAUUGAUGCCUGGGCUCCUUAUUUACCUCAAUAUAUGGACAGCGUUAUGUCCCCUGGAGUGACAGCAGAAUCCAUUCAGACUGCCACUUCAAGUCCGGAUGCUUUGAGCUCAGAAGUAAAAGUUCAGGAAGAAGAGCAUGAUCUUGUCGAUGAUGACAUCACAGCAGGUUGCUUACCAAGUCUCCCACAAAUGAAAAAAAUCUCCACAUCCUACGAAGAGCGUCGGAAACAAGCUACAGCUAUUGUUCUUCUGGGAGUGAUUGGAGCAGAAUUUGGGGCUGAAAUUGAGCCUCCAAAAUUGUUGACAAGGCCUCGCAGUUCCAGUCAAAUCCCUGAGGGAUUUGGUUUAACAACCGGUGGAUCAAAUUAUUCAUUGGCCCGACAUACUUGUAAGGCGUUGACAUUUCUUCUACUGCAACCACCCAGUCCCAAACUUCCUCCACACAGCACCAUUCGUAGAACAGCUAUUGAUCUGAUUGGAAGAGGCUUUACCGUGUGGGAACCUUAUAUGGAUGUUUCUGCUGUCUUAAUGGGACUUCUAGAGCUCUGUGCCGAUGCUGAGAAACAACUUGCAAACAUCACAAUGGGACUGCCUCUGAGUCCAGCAGCUGACUCCGCCCGCUCCGCAAGACACGCUCUCUCACUCAUUGCCACGGCCAGACCACCCGCCUUCAUCACAACUAUUGCCAAGGAGGUCCACAGACAUACCGCCUUGGCAGCAAACACUCAAUCUCAGCAGAAUAUUCACACCACAACUCUUGCCCGGGCCAAAGGAGAGAUCUUGAGGGUCAUUGAAAUCCUUAUUGAAAAAAUGCCUACAGAUGUGGUUGACCUUCUUGUGGAGGUUAUGGACAUCAUUAUGUACUGCCUUGAAGGAUCCUUAGUUAAAAAGAAGGGACUCCAGGAAUGUUUCCCAGCAAUCUGCAGGUUCUACAUGGUCAGCUAUUAUGAGCGGAAUCACAGAAUUGCAGUUGGAGCUCGCCAUGGUUCAGUGGCCCUGUACGACAUCCGGACUGGAAAAUGUCAGACCAUUCAUGGACACAAAGGACCUAUAACUGCAGUGGCUUUUGCUCCUGACGGCCGAUAUCUUGCCACCUAUUCAAACACAGAUAGCCAUAUCUCCUUCUGGCAGAUGAAUACCUCCCUGCUGGGGAGCAUUGGCAUGCUGAACUCAGCCCCCCAGCUUCGCUGUAUUAAGACCUACCAGGUACCCCCGGUCCAACCUGCUUCACCAGGUUCACAUAACGCCCUCAGACUGGCCCGCCUGAUCUGGACUUCCAAUCGCAAUGUCAUUCUUAUGGCGCACGAUGGAAAGGAGCACCGGUUUAUGGUGUAGGGUAGUUCUCUAUUACUAUAUCUCUGUCUUUGGUUGAAACUUGUUUGCGAUCCUCUAGUUUUCUGUCCUUACUAAUGCUGGAUUAGCCAGUCCGGCGCCUAUCUAAAGUCAUCCAGUGGGAUCAGCCCAGACUGCGACCCUUCCGCAUGGUUCUCUACAGCCGAGUCCUGCUUGUGUCAGCUCCUGAGUCAGAGGCAUGCAUACCAGCUCAACAGUAUAGGGUUAUUCUCUGACCAUGUAGUGUUUCCCUGACAUUAGGGGCAGGGAAAAAGAAGGCAGUUAUUGGGAAUGCUCCGUGUUGCUUGGUGCAACAGAAGCAGGAAAAUCAAUAAACACUGUGAUUGCACUCCCAGGCUAGAUCAGCAUUUUCAGGAAUCUAAACCCAAUCUCUGAAAUACAGUUGAACCUAGUAGCUUUUACAUAGGAUGUUGAGGCAGUGCAGCAGUUCUAAUUAUCAAUAUUGUUUUCCUUUGAGAUGCUUAAGGAAUACUACUGUUUACCAAAACGGGUUCUAUGUUUACAUGUACUUUCUUCAGGUGAUUACUGGGUUCUGUUUCCUAGGGUUUAGCAGUUACCUUCUUUCAAAAGAACCUAAGUGGUCUGGGAUUCAAGAGAAAGUAUAUGAAGAAAUUCUCUUUCAGAACAGGAACAGCCAGUUUUAGGCACAUAUUUUCCUGCAGUGGUAUAGCGUGAGGACAUAUUCAGUAGAUGACAAUAAGAUGCCUUGCUUCUUGUGAUGUAGAGAAAAAAGAAUCAUUCAGUCCACAAACUGAGGGGGAUUUUUUUUAAAAAAGCUUGCAUAACAGGAAAAGAGUUUGAAAUGACAGCGAUUAUUUCAAAAAAGAGACAAGCCCACCAUUACUUUCUGGGGGUUUUUUGUUGUUGUUGUUGUUGUUGUUGUUUUUAAGGUGCUUCCUUCCCUCCAGAGAUGCCCAGAUCUGUAUUUCAUAACAUGGUCAUGCAGGUGAUUUUGACAAGUAAUGAACAGAAGCUCUGUUGCAACACAAAUAUUCUGGGUUAUUAGCAAAUACGUCACAAAGUUGUGGGGAAAAAAACACAUGGAUAGCGAGGAAUUUAUAUUCCUCUCAGUUUAUUAGAACAUUGCUCCAAUAAGGAUGUCCAUUCCUUUUAAUAUCCAUUUUAACUGUUCACUUUUUUCAGCUUACAUAUCCAUUUAUGUCAAAUUAGAUGGGUUCACGUUGGUAGUAAAGAAAGAAAUCCAUAAGAUAGCAUUUUGUGCAAAUUAUUUCUAACAAAAUAUUGAUGUGUGUAGAGUUUAUAUUUUCUUUGCCAUUUUUUUUCUCCAAGAACUCACAGAAGGAAAGAGCUUUGUAGGUAAAUGAUUUAUUAGAGGAAAAGAAAAUGAAAAGAGAAACCCCAAAAACUGUUAAAGAUGAAAGCAGAUGAGUACUUCUCAAUUUAAAGAACAUUGAUUUUUCAGAGGCUAUUUAAUAUACAAAAAGUGGGAUCACAGUCCAGAAGCAAUGUAUCUGUUGUUCUACUGUUGUUUUUUUAAGCAGAGUAAAAAAUUAAGGCCAUUAGGAGUGAUGAUCUCAUUUCUCUGUAAAUUGUAUUAUUUCCAACCGUGGCUAAGCUGUUAUCCACUGGUGGUAAAAUUCUGUAGUAGAAUUCAGAUGUGUAUUUUCUUUUUUUAGUGAAAUUUUGCCACUUGCAUGUACACUGUAUUUAUAAUGACUAUAUAUGUAGUUUCCAAGGCAAGAAGCAAAGGGUCUCACAGCAGAAUCCUUACUUGUUUGAUGUAUUUGCUCCAUUGCUCAAUUGAAAUAGAAGGAAAACGAAAAGGUGCACUUUAUGCUUUCUCUAGUAGGCACUUCCAAGUUGUACUUAGUCCUGCCAUAAGUUUGAAAAGAACAUACCGGAGUUUACCAUCUCGAUUUAAAUAUGGGUUCCUCUAAAAACUAUAUUUGGUGAUGGUAUGGGAGAAAGGGUGCUUUCAGAGGAGCAAAUUCCGUCUUUUAACAAAUGCUUGCUUUCAACAAAAAGUUUAAUGCAAUUUAUAAGAAAGAGGGGGUGGAAGUUGGCAGGUGAAGUUUUUCUCUUCCAAAUUCAGUUGUGACACAUAACAAAUAUUUAAAACUAUAAGUGGUAAAAGCUAAAUUAACAAAGCCCUAACAAGAUUAUCAUCUUCCAAUCUCAUGUAGUUUGUUCAGACAGUCAAGGUUAUAGUCUGGUGGUUUCGUAUUAUGAACCUCUGAGGUGGAGUCACUGUUGGAUAGUUAGGACUAUCUAACUGCUAAACUAAUAUUUACAUAUUAGUUAAACAGAAAUCUACUCUUUGCUACUUGUCAGAUGCAGUCCCAAACUGCAUCACAGCUUAGAUCUCUCACCUCUGCAGUAAACUUUGUAUUGUCAUUCCAGUGUAAGCUUUUAGUGUUUUAUUGAUUUGUUAGUACAGUAUUUGGACUUGUCCUUGUAAAUGUAGAGACAUAUGGGGCUUCAUUUGGCAGUUUACAAGUAAAAGAUGACAUAAUUCGACACCUGUAUGAAAAUGUUGUAAUGAUUGAAGUCGGUGUGUACGGUAAAUGAAUUAGAAUGUCUGCCUCUCAAGACAUUUCUUGACUAUUCCACUUAAGAAUUGCUCUGUGUACUAAAUGUCCCUGUGUACAUAUGUGUGUGAAAUAAAAUUAAAUUGUACAAAAGACCAUUUUCCCCA